CUUAAAAUAGUCAUCACGUACCAGUACAUUUUAAAUUAUGUUUCACUAUUAUUUGGCCAGCAAUCGGCGUUUUCAAACUCUAUAAUAUCUCCAACUGCACCCCCUUUGUUUUCAUUUUCCAUGGUACAGUCAGUGGGCACUAUGGCGCUGGCGAGGAUUGGUAAAUGUUUUCGGUCGUUAGUACAUGAGUCCUCCAAAGGACUGUUUUGUGGUGUUUUACAGCCAGGCUGGAUUGAAGGCUGUAUAGGAGCUAAGAGGCAUCUGUUGUCAGAAGAUGUUAUCAAACUACAAGACUUCCAGCAAAGGAAGCUGGCUGUGGCUCACCUUGUCACUGGAAUGAAAGGAAAUUAUAUAGAGCUGUUCAGUCAGAAGCUUCAAAGGAAUGAGCUGAUACUGAGAGAUGAGCUGAAGCUUCUCCUUCACUUGUGCCAGUCUGCAGAUGACAUGGUGAUAGCCAGAGAUGCCAUUUAUAGGUACCAUGCAGAGAACCGGAACUUGGUGUAUGGAGAGUUUAAGUUUGGUCCUCUCUUCGUGAGACUGUGCUAUGAGCUGGGUCUGGAGGACUUGGCUGCUGCUACACUUACAGAUAAGAGUAUGAGAGAAUUUUUCAACGACGCAACCUCCUUUAACAUCACCUUAGACAUGUUAUUCACAAAAGGCUCUUAUGAAAAUGCCCUGGAGGUACUAAGAACUAUGAGGAACCAAGGUGUACCAUUCAACAAAGACACAUUGACGCUGGCAUCUGGCAUCUGCUAUAAACUGGACACGGCGGAGUCCUACAGGAUCUGCACUGCUCUGAUAGAGGAGGGGCAGACCAAAGGGCACUUAAUCCCCAGACAUGCUUACUGCUUUGCUGUAGCACUUGCACUUAGACGAAAUGAUAUAGUAAAGGCACAGUCGUUGUACUCAAAAAUAAUGAGCACUGACAGCAGAUUAUGCCAAAAUUUAAAGGUUAUCAUACUAGCAAGGUCAGGAGCGCUGGCAGAUGCCAUUUCCAUCCUGUCUGCAGCCAUGCUGCUUAAAAGCCCUUCUUUUGUGAAGAAGCCUGAAUUUUCUCAGGAGGUGGUGGAUUUGCUGCGCUUACAGAGUGAGGGCGGACCACACAUGAUGAAAGUAGAGCAGAUAAUCACUCAUCUUGAGCGAGCUGAUCAGGUGACCCAGCAGACCCUCGAUGGCAUUCUCUGCCACACACCCACAGGGAGGAGGAAACCAGCGCUAAUAAUGGAGGAGAGGAGGACCAGCCGAAGGACGCUGAAGCCACUACAGUCCACUCUGCUGUCAGAGUGAGAGAAGCUGUGUGCCAUUGCAAAGCCUGCUUUAACUAAAGGCUCUGAUAUGAGGCUGAACGCAAUCAGUCAAAAAACACUAGUCUCGUAUUGCCAGACCUUCCUCCACAGCGCUGCGAAGGAGGGUCUGGCUAGUCCACACAGCAAUCGGGUAUGGGAGAACAACGUGCUCUCGUUUAUUGGCAGUUCUUUAUAACAAUCACAAUCGUCUCGGGCGGUGCUAAAUGCUGAGUGGAGCCACGGUGCCGCUG